UCGCUUUAGUUUUCAUCGAGUUUCUUUAUCGAUCGCUUGGUCUUGUGCGCGUGGCUGGUGUGUUAAAUACUUCGAGUGUUUUUUUCUACUUUUGUUGUUCCGGAUGCUUUCAGUUGUGCCUUCAUUGCUGCAGUUUAUUGUGCAAGAUUAGUGAGUUUUCCCAUGCUGUGCAUUGUGCGACUACCCGCGAGCCCCACCGUGGUCAAUGUGCGGAGUGUUAGUGUUAGUAAUUUAAGUUGAAGAAAUUUGCCGAAAAAAAAUCCUUAAUUGUUAAAGAAAAGUGAAAAUUUGGCCCUACUUGAGGGGUCAUAGAUGGCGAAUGUGACGCACGCGACCUUUCGGAAGGGAUUAUUCGUGUGAUUGAGAUUGGAUCAAAUCAAGUACGUGUAAAAGAUCUGGUUUCGUGUUCGAGUCAUCGAUCGGCACGAACCAGCAUGUGAUUGUCGAAUGAAAGUGCGCCUUUAAAAUUCGCAAAAGAAAGAGAAAUAACCUCACCGUCGCCGUCGCCUCCACCACAAUUGUCACCUGCAUAUCCGUUCGUUUAGUGAAUCUUUUGGUUGCCCCCCGUCGGAUGCAGGUGAAAUAAGUGAAAAGUGCAGUUGAAACUAGUUUCACCCGCUAGAGAUAGUGUAGUGUAGUGUAGAUUUUUUUUUAUCAGCUCGCGCACCCAGACGCCAUUAUCCGAUCUAUUGUUGUACAAGUUGCUUCGUGUGCCAUAUUGAACCAGCGAUAAAUAGAACGAAUAAUCGAUCACAGUGGAGGAAGAAGAAUCUUUUAACCAGACGACAAUUGACAUUCUACGAGCAGUAAUUGUUCGACGAACGACCUUCCGCAGCACGAGAACGUGAUCAACGAACUUCGAGCAGGGAUCUGCUCUUCAUCCCUUCACCGAUCAAAACAUCACCAAAAAAAUACACUAAAGCAUGACCAGUAUACUCUCUACCCCGGGCAAGUACCGCUCCCGGAAGGACCUCAGCACCGGUUCGAUACCCACUUUGGUCUCCCUGGAGGAGGAAUCUAGUCUCAGCAACGGACUGCAGUCCGAGCUGCAAAAUCGUCACACCCAGAAUGGCAACAGCCACCAUAUACAUGGCAAUGGGUCCAGCGUUGGCAUCCCGCACAGUCUUGCAGACCGUCCCAUCGAAUCCAUCACGAACACGCUGAACAUAAAAAAUGGCCUCAAUGGUAAAUCCCCGCGACGCAGUUCACUGGCGAUCGGGCUGCUGGGCGGUCGCAGCAACAGCACCAGUGACAGUGACAAAAACAACAAACGUCGUAGCUCGAUUGCGGUCGCUUUCCUCGGGGGAGGUCGGCGGGAUUCGAAAUCCCACAGCCACCAUUACCCGAUUGCCACAAUUCCGGAAAAGUACCAGAAAUCUACCGAAUCAGACAUCGAAAAUGACUCGCCCAGCCAUUACUAUACGGUACACUCGGGCAAUUUCACCUCGGUCAUGGGGGCGGAACCGAACGGAUCCAGUUUGGGCGAAUUCAGUGCCAGCAAUGGCAACUUAGCGGCCAACGGAACCGGCUACGACAAGAAACGACGCCGUUCGUCCUCGUGGCAAACAAAGCUUGAACGACGGCGGCGUAAGGGUAUGUCGGCCACACUGGACAGUGACUAUGCGACCAGAAGUGAAAGUCUCGAUGGGUUCGGGUCCGCCAACGGGCUGGAUGCGUACGGUGCCAAGUAUGGCCGCGAGAAGCGGCACUCGUGGUGGAAUAUUUUCGUACCGGAGAACAUGAAGCAGAGGACCCGCCGAGCUAGUCAAGAUGUGAUACUGUCCAAAAGUUCGGACAACCUCAGCCCACCCUUCCGAAGGAGCAAAUCGAGGAGCGUCGAUCAUGGACUGGCGGCACCCUUCGAUCUGGAUUCACUACGGUCCAAGGUGGAGGGCAGAUUCGAGAGCAUCGAUCGGCUGUCAAAAGAUGGCGACAAGAAACGCUCGAUGCCAACAAUUCCGACCAUGUCGUACACGGUUAAGGACCGGGACACAUUGACCUCGUUGGCGGCCCGUUUUGAAACCACACCGUCUGAGCUGACUCAGCUGAACCGGUUGGCCAGUUCGUUCAUCUAUCCCGGCCAGCAGCUGCUGGUGCCGGACAAAUCCGUCAAAUCGGCCGCAGCUGGAACUGCCGGUGCCGACGGAGAUUCGGAUGCUAGUGCCGAGCGUUCGUUGCACAGUCCCAUCGAGGGACGCCGCAAGGGUUCGCAGGAGGAUUUGUCGCAGGAUGAGAAAGACCUGCUGGAGGGCCUUCGUCCAGGUUCGCCGAAACCAGGCCACAUCGAGCGUGUCGCAUCGCCCAACACUCAAAGCGGUGGAGGUGGCGGCGGAGAUACGGCAGCUGGUUUCAACGAGGAUGAUCCAGUUACGAUCCAGCGUUUCCUCAAAAUCAAUGUGCGACACAUUACCGAUGGUCAAGGGGUGGUUGGUGGCGUCCUGCUGGUUACCCCAAAUGCGGUCAUGUUCGACCCGAAUGUUUCCGAUCCUCUAGUCAUCGAACAUGGACCGGAAAGUUACGGAGUGAUCGCCCCGAUGGAGUACAUUGUCAACGCCGCUAUUUUUAACGAUAUUGCUCAUAUGCGUGUUCAGGGUGCGACCAGUGGAAAUGAAACAACCGAGAAGGCAGAGAUUUAUUAUCCAGCACCGGAAAAAUCAUGCUCCCGGUGUGAUACCCACUCACCGGGCAAGGAUUCGUUGCUGGUCAAAGACGAAACAUUCCCUGAGCUUGGUGUAGGUUCGGUUGAAGGAUGUGACGAUCAGGAGAGCAUCUGCUCUAGCAACGAACGCGAGGGAGAUGCUUUCCCAAAGGCUUUCGAGCGGGAUCUAGUCACGCCAAAUAACCUACAACGUUUGCACGGCGAUUCAACCGAAAGUGGUGGUAGCUCGGAGAAACCUCCAUCGGCUGAGCCACCGUUUCUGAGCUUCGAUCGCGACUCCCAGUCACAUACACCGAACUCGCUGGAUAACAGUCACAGCGGUCAGGACUCGGCUGGGGCCAAAGACCGAGGUACCGCCGAUGAUAAGACUGACAAGACCAACCGCAGCAAUCUUGAGGAUCCUGCGCUACGAUCCCUGGAGGAACGGAGACGUAGCCUGCUCGAUCAGCACUGGGCCAUUCCUAGCAAGGAUAGAGUAAAAUGUAACUGCAAUAAAACUUCAUCUCAAAGAUCACUGGACGACGAAGAAGCUAUCAGCACUGGUAGUGGCACGACAGCUGCUUCCGGUGGUGGUGCUGGUUUCGGCAUUGUGCUUGUGGCCGCCGAAGGAAUCGCUGGCGGUGGAGAUGUCGUUGACGAUGACGCUGGUCAGCUGGUGAAACAGUCAUGUCACGAUUCGGGAAUUGACAUUCGUGAUCCAAACACACUGCCAAUGGGGGGAGCCGCAGCGGCGGCUGGCGUUCUCAUCGUGGCACCCAUUCCAACGAAAAAGGUUUACAGCGAUGCAGACAUUGUGCUCAGUGCCGACUGGGUGCCACCGCUAACCAUUGCUCCGUCACAUUGUAUUGACAGUUCGCCCAGAAGCUCAUCAGCUGCGUCAUCGCAGCUCAGUUCCCUGUCGACGGUGCAAACCGAUACACCCGGACGCAAGAAAACUUCCAGCGUGAGUUUUAGCGUUGACGAGCACGAUUCUCUGAGUGCUGGCUCCCAGCUAGACAAGAGCGGUGAAACGAAAAAGAACAAGAUGUUGAAACGCCUUUCUUACCCCUUGGCUUGGGUAGAAGGACUGACCGGAGAAGGAGCUGGAGCUAGUCACAAAUCGGACUCAAUUGAAUCUGCACCCAAUACUGGCGAUUCUAAUCAAAGUGUAUUUUCCAAAGUAUUCUCCAGCUCGCCUAUCACAUUGGUCUCCGAGCUGGGUGGCAAUUUGUUCUUGUCGAAGACCCCGUCGGAAGAUUCCGGUGGUUCGCCGGUGCCUCCGUUGACACCACACGAUGCUCACCAUCAUCACCCGCCGAGUGGAGGGGCAGGAGCCUUCACGUCAGGAGCCGGACGCUCCUCGAUAGGCACUUUCAUCCGACCGCAAUCAACGGGAGACGGCGCACCGACCACCAAACAGAAACAGGCACCACCGAAGCUGGACUACCGCUCGAUGGUGUCGAUCGAUGACAUGCCAACGCUUUUCGUCAGUUUCGACAAACUUAUUCCGCGACCGGCCCGUGCCUGUCCCGAUCCACCGAUGUAUUUGCGACUGAGAAUGGGCCUCAAAAUUGGCAAAAAUACCCCACUGCCGACGACGGUCAUGUCCUACGGCAAGAACAAACUGCGGCCCGAGUACUGGUUCAGCAUUCCCAAGAACAAGGUCGAUGAACUGUAUCGAUUCUUGACCGCCUGGGUCCAUCACCUGUACGGUGAGCUGGACGAGAAGGCCAUCAAAGAACGUGGCUACGAGCUGAUUCAAAUCGACACCGAGUGGUCCACGAAGGGUGGUAGUUCAAACAAGGAGGGACGCUCCGCCAGCGACGGAGAGAUAACCGAGUACACGCGUGAAUCGUGGGAGCUGCUGAAGGCACCGUUUGUCAAGACCUACAAUAUUAUUAAAAGCCAAACCGGAUCCAACGAUUUGGAUGGUUGUGAGGUUCUGUCUAUGAGCACAGAUGAUUACCGGAAGGCAACGCUAUUUGCGACCAGUUCCUUCGAUCAGGAGUUCCAGAUCCCGGAACUGAUCGGCCAAACGGAGAUUCUCAGCGAAGAGCACCGAGAAAAAUUGUGCGCUCACCUGCCAGCACGUGCCGAGGGCUACUCGUGGUCUCUGGUGUUCAGCACUUCGCUACACGGAUUCUCGCUGAAUUCGCUGUACAGGAAGAUGCACAAGCUGGAGAGCCCCAUUCUGAUAGUCAUACAAGAUACUGAACAUAAUGUAUUCGGAGCCCUCACGUCCUGUUCGCUGCACGUAUCGGAUCACUUCUACGGUACCGGCGAGUCACUGCUGUACAAAUUCAAUCCACACUUCAAGGUGUUCCACUGGAGCGGGGAGAACCUAUACUUUAUCAAGGGUAACCCGGAGAGUCUGGCGAUCGGUGCUGGAGAUGGCAAAUUCGGCCUGUGGCUAGACGGAGACCUCAACCAGGGCCGGUCACAGCACUGUAGCACCUACUCGAACGAACCGCUGGCACCGCAGGAGGACUUUGUUAUCAAAACACUCGAAUGCUGGGCAUUUGUCUAAGUAACAAAGCGAUACAGUUAAAAUUAAAAGCAAAACCGAGUGUGGUUGUGUUUGUUCGAGUGUUCGUGUGUACGAGCGCGUUCAUUCCGUUUCGGUGCUGUUCGAGAUGGUUGAUAGCCUACGGGACAAUCGGGAUAAUAGUGUGUAUGUGCGAGAGUAAGAGAUAGAGAAAAUAAGUUUUCGUUUAGUGUGUUUUCAAUUGUGUGACCGAAAGAAACGGAAGCCGCUGCUAAAAGAGCUGAGAUAAAAUUUAGUGCGUAGUGUUAAGAAACAAAAAUAUAUAUCGAAAAUGAGAAGCAAGGAUUAAACAAAUUUUAGAGAUGCUACUUUUAAGAAUAUUAUAAAACAUACUAGAGCGGUAGAAAAGAAUAUUGUGAAAGAGAUAAAUAUAAACCAUUUACAAGAGAGAAUUUAUUAGUGGAACCUUUACCUUUACAUAUUUGGGCAGAAGAAGUGGAUUUGAAGGUGAGAAGAUUUAUAGCGAAUAGGAGAGUUGUCACUUGCAAACAAAUGGCACGUUGUUAAGAGGAAUUAUAUUUAUAAACGCAAAGUGACAUGUUGAAAUGGGGAUUGACCCCCCGCAUAUAUAAAUGCUAUGUUUGAUUGAGCUCUUUAGUCUUUCAAGGAUGGGCUCGAUACAAACCCUCAUCUACCUAUAUUUAAAACGCUUGAGUACUCUCCCCAAGACUAGAGCACUCGGGAAGCGGAUGGUGGCCAUCAGGGAGGCUUCAGGCUAUCCUCAAAUGCAAAAUCCAACUCUCGUACAUUCAUAUGUUUAAUAACCUCUCUAUACAUUAGUGCAAAGCAAAAGAAAGAAACAAGGGGUAAUAUCACCGGAAAAAUAAUAACACCGCAGCACAGACUGCAGCUACGUAAUCACCCACUAAAGAAGCAUAUAGUAAACAUAUAAUAAACGAAAAAAAAGUUGCUAACAAAUACCAGAUAAAGGAUAAUCGUGUUAGAAGUAAAAUGUUCACAUCUAGAGACUGCUUUUCAUUUGUUUCAGAACUGUUGUGACAAAGUAGGGGAUUAGUAAAACCAGAAGCAAAACACUGGUGUUACAGCAAACACACAACCACACCGACAAGUUCUCCCAAACGGAGCCACACGAUGCGCGGGUGUUCAGCUUUAGUCACAUUUCGUUGUACCUUUGCGGUUUAGUGAGAAAGGACGACUCACUUGAAAAAUUCAAUGAAAUUUCAUUGACAAUAAAACAUCUAAAUUCGAACCCAGGAAGCCAACAACAUCAACACAAAUAAACAACGUCACACUGACACACGUAUACAUACAAACAACUAGAAAACGAAUUCUCGCGCCAGUGCAUGUCAAUUCAAAUCAAACCUUUACCAAAACGGUUGCUUAUUGGACGUUUUCAGUUUAGAUUCGAGUUGUUCAAAAUUUUCAUUUCGACUGCGCAAUCGCGACGUAUUGAUAUUGUUUUGCUGCUAGUUGUCAUUAUUAUUAUUAUUAGUAUUCGCAUUCAGUCGUCGGUGGAGUCAAACGGAACAGUGACUGGUAGAUGAUAGUUGCAGGAUACGAUAUGACAGGUACGAGAUGUAAUGCAUCUUGGCUGAUUGGUCUGUGGAAUUUUUCCAUUCGUUUUUAGCCUGUAGGAAUUGUUUUAAUUUAUUAUACAUUUUAUAAUUUCCAUUUGUAUUUUAUUUAUGUCGAUGUAAAGUGAGGGCAACCCGAUUAAUACAUUUAAACUUGUCCCCGGCCGAAGCCCACCCAGUGUAGUAUGGGUUGUUCGGUUGGACAAAAUGAAAAAAAAAACUAGUAUAACAAAACAUGUUGUUGUAAUUGACACGUUUUACAUGUGAACUAAAUAGUAAUAAACGAAACAAUCGCUAAUUGCAUCAAAGAUA